UCAGUAGUUUCAGUUCUAUAAGAUUAUAAACAAGCAGCAGAGCAAAAGCCUUUAAAAAGUGUUCACAAGCCUGUGUGUGGUCGGUAAACACACAGCAAGAUUUAAGAAUUUAAGGUCAGGAAAUGGCCUCCUCCAUCGUCUCCUCAGCGGCUGUUACCUCCGUUAACAGAGCCUCUCCGGCUAAUGCUGCCAUGGUCGCACCUUUCACCGGUCUCAAGUCUGCCUCGUCCUUCCCUGUCACCCGCAAACUCAACACUGAUAUUACCUCCAUUGCCAGCAAUGGUGGAAGAGUUCAGUGCAUGCAGGUAUGGCCUCCAUUGGGAAAGAAGAAGUUUGAGACUCUCUCUUACCUACCUCCUCUCUCUACUGCAUCAUUGGCCAAGGAAGUGGAUUAUCUGCUUCGCAAAGGAUGGAUCCCUUGUUUGGAGUUCGAGUUGGAGCACGGGUUCGUUUACCGUGAGAACCACAGAUCUCCUGGAUACUACGAUGGUCGCUACUGGGUAAUGUGGAAGCUCCCCAUGUUUGGCUGCAACGACUCUUCUCAGGUCAUGAAAGAGCUUGAGGAGUGCAAGAAGGCAUACCCCAAUGCAUUCAUCCGUAUAAUUGGGUUUGACAACAAGCGCCAAGUGCAGUGCAUCAGUUUCAUUGCCUACAAGCCCCCGGGCUUCUAAUUCAUGAAAGCCUUUUUCUUUCCUCCAUGUCCUGCUAGCCUUUUGUUGCGAUUGAAGUUCAUGUUUUGUCUUUCAACUCCAGACAUUUGAAUUCUUAUUUUUGGCCUAGUUCUGUUUAUUUUGUGGGAUCUCCAACUCAACGAAGACUGUCGUACUAUAGUAAUAAAAUUCGUGAUGUUUUGUUGGUCUGACCACAAA